AUGCCAAACGGAACUGGAACUCGUCUCUAUGUGGGCAACUUGGCCCCUGAUACGCGAGAGAGCGAUUUAGAAGAUCUUUUCAAAGGAUAUGGAAAAAUCGUUGAUCUUCGUUUGAUGGGUAACUUUGGAUUUGUCGAAUGGGACAGACCUGAAGAUGCAGAAGAUAUCAUGAAAGACUUCAACGGAAAGAAAUUCAUGGGAGACAAUCUGAAAAUCGAAUAUGCCAAGGAAAGUCGUAAGAAUCGUCCUCCUGGCGCUCCCGGUGGUCCUGGCGGUUAUGGUCCCCCUCCCCCAGGAUAUGGAGGAUACGGUGGUGGCGGUGGCGGCUACGGUGGCUACUAUGAUUACUACGGAGGAGGUUACGGAGGCGGUUAUGGUGGAGGUGGCUAUGGUGGUGGUCGUGGAGGAUAUGGCCCACCACCACCAGGCUACGGUCCACCACAACAACGUUACAACAAUCAAAACCAAAGACGUGGUGACAAUGUCCGCCGCGGUCAAUACCGUCUCAUCGUUUCCAAUUUACCACCAAACACCUCAUGGCAAGACUUGAAAGAUAUUGGUCGUGAACACGGUCGUAUCUCAUUCGCUGACGUUGAUGCACAAAGACCAGAAAAGGGUGUCAUCGAAUACGAUAAUCCAGAGGAUUAUCAACGUGCUCUUGACCGUAUCGAAGGCAUGGACUUGCGUGGUAACAAGUUACGCAUCGAUCCUGACCGUGCUGGACCACCAGCAGGACCUGCAGGAGGUGAAGAACGCGGCGGCGCUCCUCGUGAUCGUUCCCGUUCUCCUGGACCUCGUCGUCGUGGCGGAGAUGAUGAUCGUGAACCACCUCCACGUCGUCAUGACAGCCGUAGUCCACCACCACGCCGUGAGCCUACAGAUUGGGAUUAA